AUGUCGAUGGAGGUGAAGAGCCAGCAGGAGCGCAAGAGCCGCAAGAGGCGCAGGGAGGAGGACAAGGUGGGCCAGGCACCAACCAUGGCCCAGGUGGUGGUGAAGCAGGAAGGGCUCAGCCCAGAGGCGAAGCCGCCGCCCGCCCCGCACCAGCCGGCCCCGGGUGCUCCCCUGUCCCAGCCGGCCUGGCGUGGAGGAAGCAGAGCCUGGGGAGGCAGCAGGUCCCCGGCCAGGAAGAAACACAAGGCUUCUGCCCGAAGAAGCAAGUCUCCCUGGAGUCCUCACCACUCAGCGGUCAAGGGGAAGCAGGAACCAGAGGAGCACCCUCGGAGAGGACCAGGACGGCAAGAAUGGCAGCAUCCUCAUCGUGCGCCCUCAGAGCAGGAGCACAGGAGAGCUAGGGACAGGCACCAGCAGGGCCAUUCCCGUCAGCACAGGAGCUCUCCAGAGCGGCCUGCCAGCGCACAGGCUCAAGGACACGACCGAGACCUUCAGAGCCUGCAGGCUCAGGACGACCAGCGGGAGUUUGACGCCGCCCGGCGCCAUGAGCAUCGCCAGCAGCACCAAGUCCGUGGCGGGGGUCAUGAGUCGCAGGAGGUGGUGCCUCGACCUGCUGGUAAGAAAGAAACAGCGGCAGCUGUGAAGGAGAAGCCAAGCUUUGAACUCUCUGGAGCCCUUCUCGAGGACACCAACACCUUCCGGGGGGUGGUUCUUCAGUACACUGAGCCGCCAGAAGCACGGAUCCCCAGAAAGCGCUGGCGCCUCUACCCCUUUAAAAACGACCAAGUCCUUCCUGUCAUGCACAUUCACAGACAGAGCGCUUACCUCCUGGGGCGGCACCGCCUCCUCGCAGACAUCCCCAUGGACCACCCCUCCUGUUCCAAGCAGCACGCCGUCCUUCAGUACCGCCUUGUGGAGUACACCCGCGCAGAUGGCACCUUCGGCCGCAGGGUGAGGCCCUACAUCAUCGACCUUGGCUCAGGCAAUGGAACCUUCUUGAACAACAAGCGCCUUGAGCCGCACAGGUACUAUGAACUGAAGGAAAAGGAUGUACUCCAGUUCGGCUUCAGCAGCAGAGAGUACGUUCUGCUGCAUGAGUCAUCAGAUACCUCGGAACUAGACGGGAAGGAAGACGAGGAUGACCAAGAGGAGGAAGGCGGGCUUUGAACAGCUAGCAAGCUGAGAAGCAGUCCACGCUGACAGGGCUCCUCCUUCUUGGAAGGCGUUAGGAUGACGCCAGGAGCACCGCAUCCUGGACCGCUGCAUCUGUGCCCUGCAUCUGAUCUGGGCCCAGAACCACCGCACCGUCAGCCUCGU